AUGGGUGAUUUUAAUGAGAUUUUGGAGACUGAAGAGCACUCCAAUUUUGAAAAUUCGCCAAACAUCUCAAUGGGAAUGAGAGAUUUUCAGGAAGUUGUAAGGCAUUGCUCUUUAUCUGAUAUGGGAGGUCAUGGACCACUUUUCACUUGGUGCAACAAGCGGGAAGAGGGCCUCAUUUGCAAAAAACUUGACCGAGUUUUAGUAAAUGACAUAUGGCUCUAUCAUCACUCGCAAGCUUAUUGUGUGUUUGAGUCAGGGGGCUGUUCAGACCACUUGCGAUGUCGGAUUCAAAUGGGUUCUCAGGGCACAAGGAAGAAGCGGCCAUUCAAAUUUAUUAAUUCAGUCGGAGGAAUGGCUGAGUUUGCACCAUUAGUUGCAGAACACUGGUCUAAAACAGAGGCGCUUUUCCACUCCACCUCUGCUCUAUACCGAUUUUCUAAAAAGCUGAAAACCUUGAAACCGGGCAUUCGGGACUUGAGUAAAAGGAAGUUUGGGAACUUAGCGUUAAGAUCAAAGCUGGCUUUUCAGGCGCUGUGCGAGAAGCAGGGCGCAACACUUAUAAACCCGACACCAGAUCGUAUAAGAGAGGAUGCAGAGGCUUUUGAGAGGUGGCAGAGGGUAGCAACUCUUGAGGAGGAGUUCUACAAACAAAAAGCUAAAUUACACUGGUUAGAGGUUGGUGAUCAGAACACAAAGGUUUUCCACAAUGCGGUUAAGGUCAGAGAGGCAAGAAAUGGCAUAAGGGAGAUUCUAUGCUCAAAUGGUGACAUCGUGAAAACUCAGGGUGAGAUCAAAGAGGAAGCCGAGUGCUUCUUUCAUGAGUUUCUCACCCACAAAACUGUUGACCUGGAGGAACCAUCGAUUCACAAAUUGGAGGAACUGCUAGACUUUCGCUGUACGGCUGAGGAUAGUAACCUACUUGUGAAAGAAGUGACAGAGAAGGAAAUAACAAAGGUUCUGUUUAGUAUGCCAUCGAACAAAUCUCCCGGCCCUGAUGGGUAUACUAGCGAACUGAAGGGUAUGAUGUCUCGGCUCAUUGAUCCAAACCAGACAGCUUUCGUGGAGAACAGAUUGUUAAUGGAGAGCAUCCUGCUAGCAACAGAAUUAGUAAAGGAUUACCACAAAGUAUCUAUAUCUGGUCGCAGUGCUUUGCAGAUAGAUAUCUCUAAGGCCUUUGAUUCACUUCAGUGGCCCUUUAUCCUUAAUGCUCUUAAGGCAAUGCAGUUCCCACCCCAGUUUAUCCAUUGGAUUCGCCUCUGCAUUACUUCUGCCUCAUUUUCUGUUCAAGUCAAUGGGGAAUUGGCAGGGUUUUGCAGAAGCGAGAGAGGCUUAAGACAGGGUUGUGCGUUAUCACCUUAUCUAUUUGUCAUGAGUAUGAAUGUUCUGACAAAAAUGCUUGAUGCUGCGGCAAAGAGAAGGGAAAUUGGCUAUCAUCCUCGUUGUCAAAAUCUCUCUCUCACUCACUUAUGCUUCGCAGAUGAUGUUAUGGUUUUCACAGAUGGGAAACAAAGAUCGAUCGAUGGAGUUCUAAAGGUCUUCCGCCAGUUUGCAAGGCUAUCAGGUCUUCAAAUCAGUGUGGAAAAAUCGACGAUCUAUAUGGCAGGUAUAUCACAAACUGAGCGAGAAGCCAUUCUUGCGAAUUUUCCUUUUGCCUCAGGUCAGCUGCCUGUGCGAUACCUAGGCCUACCACUCUUGACAAAGUGUAUGACAGUUGGAGAUUACAAGCCCCUGAUCGAAAAGCAAUCACUAUGGAAGAAGUGGGUUUUUUUGUAUCUGAUACGAAAGGAUACCUUCUGGUCUGUAGGAGAUAAACAGAAUGCUGGUUCAUGGAUGUGGCGAAAAAUUCUGAAAUUGCGGCCUCUGGCAAGGGAUUUUCACCGGGUUGAAGUUAAGAGUGGCAGUAAUACAUCCUUCUGGUAUGAUCACUGGUCGUCGCAGGGGAGACUCAUCGAGUCUUUGGGAGUUAGAGGGUGCAUCGACUUGGGCAUUCCUCUAGAAUCGACCCUUGAAGAUGCAUUCCUCACGCACAGACGGCGUCGUCAUCGACAUACUCUGCUAAACAGAGUUGAAGAUGAGAUCGAAAACGCAAAAACUAACGCGGCUGCAGGUGUGGAAGAUGUGGCUAAAUGGAUGUGUAGACCUGGCGUUUACAAGGACAGAUUUAAAUCCAAAGAAACUUGGAUGAUCAUAAGGGAACACCACCUCCGGUGCGAUUGGAGCGACACUGUCUGGUUUAAAUACGCAACUCCAAAGUACAGUUUUUUGCUUUGGACUGCAAUGCACGACAGAUUGGCCACAGGGGAUCGCAUUAGAGACCACAGCAUCGACAAAACCUCUCUAUUUAUCCUUAGAUAUGUUUUCCAAGCAACAAUCUACGGUCUAUGGAGAGAAAGGAACGCGCGGCGGCAUGGAGAAAACCUCUCUCCACCUCAGAGAUUGAUAAAGGUUAUUGAUAAGACGAUUCGAAAUCGUCUAAGCUCUAUUCGAUCUAAGGGAGUGAAGGACUAUGAAAAUCGUCUGGUUCACUGGUUUGGCACCAGACUCUGA